AUGUCCUCAUGUGGGUCGUGCUUUGAAGACCGAAUGAAGAGGAGCGUCAGCCGGGUAUCCAAAUUGUGGAAAACACGGUUCCCGGCUUCUCCCCCUCAGGAUCGCGAUCAGUUUGAGAUCAGGAUCGCAGCAUCCCACAACCUCCCAACGUCUCUUACCAAAAAAGUCUUCCGUGUUACCCAAUCUGAUGCCAGGCGUAUCGCUGUGCGCACUUUGAAAGAUUACACUUAUUUGGCUAUCGGUGUACCUACGUACGUAAUUGGGAUGUGGGAAUUUUCCACUGAUUAUAAGAACCCAAAUUUCCUCUUGGGGAAUGGGGCAUUUGAUUGGCCGUUAGCACUUCGCGAAUUGCGCAAAAUUGUGCUGCAGUCGUGCAGACAUUUUGCAAAACAUUAUGAGCAUUAUAGUAGUGCACAAAACGAAAUUCCUAAAUGGUCCAAUAUUUCCAAAAGAAUGUGUGGAACAUUCGACCUCCACCACUCCUGGUUUUGCGUGAUGGACGUUUUAAUCAGAAAGUAUAAUUUUGGUUAUUCGCAAAAUAUCUCUCACAUGCGUAUUCGAUUGCCUCAAAAGGAAAUCGUCGAUUUUGUGAUUCGAAUUCAAGCGAGGAUGGCUGACGACGCGACGUUUCUCACCCAAAACCAUCGGGCUGUGGUGAAACCUCAGCAUCUUCGAGCACAAGGAUCCGUCACACUCUCACUGAUUCGUCGCGAGAUACUCGAGAAGGAUGCGACCGGCGAAUCCUUGGCGACGUGA